CUCGAUAGUGGUCUUGACAAAUCCAAUUCUUCCAACCUGAUAAAUAAGUUCGGCCUGCUUGUGUUUGGGCCACUGAUGUUGAUCUGAAGGCCAUGUAACAGUCCAAGUACCAAAUCUUUGUGGUUUGUGCCUUUCUGUUUUUUUUUUUUACAAGGAGGUUUGUGCUUUUCUGUUGUGAACUUGUGAUUCUUUUAAACGAGACAACGACGACUGGGACCUCUGCAAAGAUAUUUUGGCCUUGUAGUUUUUUGGUUACGAAUGAGUGCCUCGUUCUGGGUAACCUGAGUCAAUCAUCUAUUCUCCAAUCAGAUAAGAAGCAGAAGCAGAAGUAGCGCCGGGAAUGGAAGCAACAUCAGCAACCACAGUAGUUCCAACAUCAUGGCUCUCCUCUCUACAACCCAAACUCAUCCCCAACAGAUUACCAAUCCCAGCUCCCUCCACCACCACCACCACAAGCCGCCACCAAUUGUCUACUGCUUUUCGCUCGAUCAGCUGCCGUGGCAGUCGACUGUAUUGCCACAAGAUGUAUGUUCCUGGUGGGUGUCUGUCCCUGCAGUCCCUCACCCUCAUUUUCUCCAUACAAAAGCCAAAUUAUGAACAUUUCUUUUACCUCUCAGGAUUUGGAGAGUCGCCGGAGUCCAAGGCAGCUAAGUACCUCGUCAGUUUCUUCACCUACGUUGCGCUCGAGAUUGUAUCCGCCCAGCUGAGGGCCUAUAACCGGGAAGCACACGCAGAGUUGAUGGAAUUUCUUGACAGCCAUCCCCUCAAGGACGGAGACGAGUUCUGUGCUGCCCUCAUGCGUCAAUCCUCCAGACACAAGGGUUUGGCUCUGCGAAUCAUAGAGGUGCGAUCAGCUUACUGUAAGAUGGACUUCGAGUGGGACAACCUUCAUCGACUAGCCCUCAAGAAGGUUAGCGACUCCAAUACGCGCCUCAUGCGAGAUUACGUGUCGGAAACCAGCCACGAGACUUGACUGGCCAGGAAGAAGAUCACCAUCACUGUUGCAGUCACCGGCUGUACCUGCACCUGUGCAAAGAUUCGUAUAGCAUCUAGAUGCCUAAGAUGUAUAUAACAUAAACUUUUAUACAUAGUUGCCUUUCAGAAAUGAAGCACCA